UAUUUUCAUGUGAGAUGUUUUCUUAUUCACAAUCAGUUCACAUUUCUGUGUUUCCUACAGUUUAAUCUUUAAGGAUGGUUGGCUUAAAUUAUGCUCAUGUUAUUCUGUUGUUUCUUACAAGUUCUGUAACUGAACAUGAGGAUUGUCUUUAUUUCCACCGAAGAAGAAAUUCAUCUAUUGACAUUUCCUGUGAAUCUGCACAUAAAGAGGAAAAGCUGUUUGCCUUUUCACUGAAACGAAGGCUUUUACAGUCUAGAGAAGUGUUGUAUCUUAAUAAAGGUAAUAAACCAUAUUUUAAUAUAACCGAGGACAAGGAUCGCAUCACUGUCCAUGAUAAGUUGGAUAACCACACCGUUCAUCUGAGAAUCUCAAACCUGCAAGGACCGGACACAGAUGUGUACUACUGUGAAUUCUACUAUGGUGAUCUUCCAUAUCAUAGGAACAUUCCUGGCAAGAUGGAGUAUUUUAUCCAUGUUGAAGACAUCUCUCACGAACCCUGUAGUUGUUUAAGUUACCUGCCACUGCUGUAUGUGAUCUCUGCAGCUGUAUGUCUUUUGGGUGUUGUGGUGAUCACCUUCGCUUCAGUUUACUAUUGUAAAUGGUCAAAAAAAAAGCCACAGCCUGUAGUUCCUGUUUAUGAGGAGAUGACUGGGGUGCGACCUGACAAAGAAAAAAACACCGGCUGUCACAUGGAUAUCACAAAACUGCAAGAUGCAAAUAGCUCCGUGUCUGCAUUGCUCAGUAAAGAAAACCUCUAUGUAAGGCCUGAAUCCACAAAAUGUGAAUGAGGGCUUAUCCUUUCGGUGGUCACUUAUAUAAUGUUGCUUGUAUUGACCCACGUUACUUGGUUUAAAUUGUUUUUAUUCAGUCGUGUGUUACCUAUGUAUGUAUGAUAAACAUGCAUUUGCAAAAAAUAUAAAUGCAGCUGUACAUCUUUUAUAUAGCCGUACAUGGUCAUACUGUGUCAUAUACAGUAUAAGUCUAGAUCAUUCAAUGUUUGUACACAUUUGCAUCUUCACAGCAUAACAUGCAGCUUCCCGUCUGGCCAGCCACUUGCAUGUUUUUGGUACAAAACAGUGACUGUAAACUAAAAAUGCUAACUGUCCUUUUGACAGCGAGACAAUGAGAAAAGUUAGAAGAAAUAAAAACCAAGAUGAA